AUGGCUAUAACACUUCUUUGCUCUUCCCUACAGGACAAUGAGAAGCGGACACUGUUGCAUGCAGCUGCCUAUCUAGGAGAUGCAGAAAUUCUAGAGCUUCUCAUACUAUCAGGAGCCAGAGUAAAUGCCAAAGACAACAAGUGGCUCACUCCUCUGCACCGGGCCGUGGCUUCCUGCAGUGAGGAGGCUGUCCAGGUGUUAUUGAAACACUCUACUGACGUGAACGCCAGGGACAAGAACUGGCAAACGCCGCUCCACAUCGCUGCGGCCAAUAAGGCAGUCCGCUGUGCCGAGGCCCUGGUCCCUCUCCUCAGCAACGUGAACGUGUCAGACCGGGCCGGGCUCACGGCGCUGCACCAUGCAGCCUUCAGUGGACACCAGGAGGCGUACCACGGCCACCACCAUGCUAUGGAGGUCCUGGUUCAGUCUCUGCUGGAUCUAGACGUGAGGAACAGCCAGGGGCGCACCCCUCUGGACCUGGCUGCCUUUAAAGGCCAUGUGGUGUGUGUUGACGUCCUCAUCAACCAGGGAGCCUCCAUCCUGGUUAAAGACUUCACCCUGAAGAGGACCCCCAUCCACGCUGCAGGUACGCAUAGGAUAUCACGUAAGACCUAGAGAUUCUGUCAUUCAAAAGUUUUCCUUACCAAGAUGGACAUUUGUUUGGUCAUGUUGCUAGGAUGCCAAUGUCCACUCUAGGGAUAUUAUAUAGCAUAGUGUGAAAAUGCCCACUACACACUGAUCUAAGGUCAUUUUUUGUCAUUAUUGCUGAGGAUCUGGGGAGGGUAAGCUGAUCCUAGAUCAGUGCACAGGGGGACUUCUAUCCAGAGCCAGGUACACAGCUAGCAGGUGACAGGCUUCGAG